CCUGCCGUCUAUGGAUGCGCACAAUGCUUUAAAAAAAAUUUCAGCCCCAAAUUUAGUGCAACAUACCAAUUUCAUCUCAGCACUUCAACAUAUAUGGAAAUUUGCCGCUCUUCAACGCAUUUUUCGCCGAUUAAUCUCCGAUUUGAUCAAACCUUUACUUUCCGGCCGGCAACAGUAAGAUGCGAAGUAAAAGAAUUUCCGGAACUUUCAACGGGCGAUCAAAUGUUCAUUCUUGGAAUGGGUUUCGUCGGAAAAUUCUUCGCUGCCGAUUUGAAGAACAAAGGAUGGGUAGUGAGAGGGAGCUCCACCAGCACUGGGAAGAAGAAACAACUCGAAGGAUUGGGAUAUUCAGCUUAUGCAUUCGAUGCAAAUCACCCACAAGAUGAGGUCCUAGAGGUUGUGAAAAACCAUACACAUGUCGUUAUAUCUAUUCCGCCACUUAAGGGUGUUGGUGAUCCGAUUCUUUGUCACGAAGGACUAUUAGAGAGUGCACUGAAGGGUGGGAGACUCAGGUGGCUUGUCUACUUGUCCUCAACUAGCGUAUAUGGAGAUUCGGGUGGUGCAUGGGUAGAUGAAGAUUAUCCAGUGAAACCAGAAAGUGAAAUUGCCCGAGCAAGAUUAGCCGCUGAGGAACAAUGGCUAUGUUUUGGUCAAAAUCUUGGUAUAGCAGCACAUGUGUUUCGUCUCGGAGGUAUAUAUGGCCCUGGUAGAAGUGCUGUUGAUACUAUACUUAAGCAAGGGCCGAUGUCAAAGGGUCAGAAAGCAAGAUUGUUAAAAGACUACACAUCUCGUGUGCAUGUUGCUGACAUAUGCCAAGCACUGCAUGCCAGUAUUUUGCAUCCAUCUCCCGGGAAGAUAUAUAACAUUGUGGAUGAUGAUCCUGCCCCACGAGAGGAGGUAUUUGAGUUUGCUCGAAAGUUGGUUGAAGAAAAACUUCCGGGUCGUGUUUAUGCUGAGAGAGGAGAACAGGUACUUGUUUCGGAGAAACCUUCCAAGUCGACAAAGCGAGUCUCAAAUGCUCGUAUGAAGAGAGAACUGGGAGUGACCUUACGUUAUCCUAGUUACAGGUCUGGACUAGGAUGCAUCAUGGAGAACAUGGCGCCAAUGUCGUGAAUAUGUACCAAAACAUAUAGUUUAGGACCAGAAGCUAACAUGCUUAAUGUGUAAGGACAAUUUUUUUUUGAGCAAAUGUGCGGACCAACUUACGACUUUAGUCUUCAUUUUGUAUUGUUGACAUGCCUGAUGUCCCUCUAUAUGGAGUACAUAUUAGUACCACUUUAAA